CAAAAUUUGAACUUCAAAUCAAAAACCUGCGAAAGCUUUCUCGCUAUUAAAAAAAAGCUUUUACCAUCACAACCCCACCUGGUUUUCGAAUUAAACGCAUGUCCUUAUGCCCAUCCGUAAGAAUGAUUAAGUUCAACUCCGGCAUAUCCUUCUGUCAGUCUACAAAAAAAAAAUUCUAGAACCAAGUUUCUCUCAUUACUCAGAAAAUAGUCAUAACAAUGUCGAAUCCCCGCACAGUUGAUAAGAAUAGACUGCACCAAAAACUUGGCACAAAAUUAAUUUUAAUUUAUUUAAUUGUUUUUGGAUUUAAAUUAACUUCGGCGUUUAAAAGUGAUAAAAACAAAAAUGCCAAAUCAGUAACAUUUCAUUUUCCUGAAUAUGCAUACAAGGAAACAAGCAAAAAUGAACUUGCGUACCGGGAGUUUGAAUCUUCCUGUGAGCAUUCGAUUGCUUGCGAGGACUUAGAGGGAGUUGAUAAGGUUAAAUGUACUAGGAAAUGCAUUUCACAUUCUUGUUAUCAGGAUAUUUAUGCAUUUGAUGAGUUAGAAGAAGGCGAAAUAGAUGUCCGGUUGAACUCCUUUAAAGGAUGUGUUAUCCAGCGAUCGAGCAAUUCCCACAGAAUGUAGCAUAGGGAUAGCCUCUUUAAGAGGCUACAAAAUAUGGAGCUAUUAAAUGAGCUUCAAUUAAAGUUGAACAGUUUGUUUCAAAAGUGAAAACAAGUGAAAAGAGAGAUUGGGGCGAAGUGUUUAAGGAUGAAAGAUCUGCGAGAUAAAUCAUCUGCAUAGAUAAAUCAAAUAUACAUAGUUUAUAAAAUUCAUAAAACACCUUCAAAAAAAUUAUCCUAGGAAAAUAAACUAAAGAGGAAUCUUUUCCAUAAAGACUUUUAUCAAAUUUACAUUUUGUGCAUCUAAAAUUACAUAUUAAAUUAUUUCAAAUAAAACUUACAACUUGUUAAUAGAUUUUUGCUCUCAA